AUGGUGUCCCGUAAGGCUGUGGCUGCCCUGCUGCUGGUACACGUGGUCACCAUGCUGGCCGCCCAGGCCGAGGGCUUCGUGCCCAUCUUCACCCACAGCGAGCUACAGAGGAUGCAGGAGAAGGAGCAGAAUAGAGGGCGGAAGAGAUCUCUGGGAGAGCAGCGCAGGGCUGCCGAGGAGGCAGAGCCCUUGACCACCAAGGACCCCGCAGAUGGAGAGGAAUGCCCAGUGAUCACGCUGACUGCUCCCGUGGAAAUUGGAAUACGGAUGAACUCCAGGCAGCUGGAAAAGUACUGGGCCGCCCUGGCAGGGCUGCUGGGGCCAGCAUCGCUGUCCACCCGGAACGGUACGGAGGGCGGCGCCGACACCGUUAAUAUUCCGGGAGCCCUGGCCAUCUCCACAGGGGGCCUCAUGGCGGAGCUGGUGGGCCGGGACUGCGGGUCAGUGCUCCAGCCGAGGACGGCUCAAGGCCCUGCCGAGGUAGUUCAGGCCAAUGCCCUCCGAUCAGGGUGA